AUGCCAAAGCUAAAGACGUCGCGCACCAAGAAGGCCCCUGAGGGCUUUGAGAGCAUUCAGAGCCUGUUGGAAAAGUUCAACAACAAGCUCAAAGCAGCAGAGACAAAAUCCACAGCCAGUUCUUCGGUUAAGAAGAACGAGAUCUUGUGGGAAAUCUACCAGAUCCACCACCAACGCUCGCGAUACAUAUACGACCUAUACUAUAAGAAGGAAAUCAUCCUGAAGCCGUUGUAUGACUGGCUUUUGAAGAACAAGUAUGGUGAUAUCAAUUUGAUUGCCAAGUGGCGCAAGCAGGGAUACGAGAACUUGUGUUGUCUUCGCUGCAUCCAGACGAAAGAGAACAACCACGGUUCCACGUGCAUCUGCCGUGUCCCGAAGAACGAUCUCCUGGAAGAGAAAAAGAUCCAGUGCAUCACUUGUGGUUGUAGGGGCUGCUCCAGCACGGAUUAAUGCUUAAGAAAUUAUCUACCGGUGGUAGAAAUAGAUGCGUUCUCAGGGGCUAGGUAUAAGUUCUAAGACCAUCCAAAUACUCGAAUUUGUUCAGUGGUCCUAGCAAUAUAGAGCCUUGGGAAAAAACAGGCGUUAGGCCAUUGGUACAUCUGGAUUGGUUGCUAACCCACGAUUAGCAACCAAUCGAGGUUCAAGAGAUACAGACAGAUAUGCGUACAGAUAUAUGUACAUAUUGAAGAUUAAUGUGAAUUGAAAACUAAGGCUGGAC